AUGUCGAAACUUAAGCUUCUACUAGUUGGAGCAUCUGGAUACAUUGGUGGGAGCAUUUUGACCUCCCUUGUGGAAGCGAACAAAGAUACGCAUUCGUUCACCAUUUCGGCGCUCAUCCGGGAUGCAUCACACGCAGACACCCUAAAGAAACUUGGCGUGGAAGCUUUUAUUUUCAAGGGCCUGGAUGAUACCGUAUAUCUGGAGAAAGUCUCCCAAGACUUUGACAUCGUUGUCAAUGCGGCCUCAGGAUGGCAUACGGAGGCUGCCCUCGCCAUGAUUCAAGGUCUCGGCGCAAGAAAGAAGAGCCUCGGCACAGAGGUCCACUAUCUACACAUCUCUGGCACAUCGAAUCUUACAGAUCGACCUCACAGUGUCGGUUAUGUCGAGACACGCACGUUCUCCGACGAAGAAGACAUCUACUCCUAUGAAAAGUACAGGGAGUCCUUUGAAGUGUACCCCCAGAGAAGGAAUGAUAUCGUUGUGGCCGAUGCUGGCGAGGAACUGCAGGUGCGAACAUAUGUCAUUAUGGCACCUAUUGUCCACGGAAUUGGCACCGGGCCUUGGAACAAGGUGACAUUUAUUCUCAACCCGCGUGUGGAUGCGGCCAUUGUAUACGGAGACUGGGCUGUUAUUGGCGACGGCAAGACUGUCUGGAGCCAUGUCCAUGUGCAAGAUCUGGCAGCAUUCUAUGUAGUGUUGCUGAACCAUAUUUCUUCUGGACACACCGGCAUGGCUUAUGGUAAGAAGGGAAUUUACUUUUGCGAGUCGGGGCAAGCCUCGCAUAUGCAGCGGACUCGCGAUCUGGCAGACAUUGGACAGCGGUUGGGCAUCACCACGUCGAACACUGUUAGUAGCAUCGGCCUGGAGGAGGCAGCUCAGCGCUGGACCGGGGGAUUAGUUCCACUGGCUGAGACAUCAAGCGGUGCCAACUCGCGAUCAAGUGCUGUAAUGGCGCGCAAGUUGGGCUGGGUUCCUCAGCACGGGACGGACUGGACCCUUGAUUUGGAGCAGAGUAUGGCCAUGUAUCAAAAGACUGCUUCAUUCAAAGAGCUGUGGGCAAAGCAUCGAAAGACGAAGUAGUUAGGUCUCUUUACAAUCACUUGGUGACGACAGGUAUAAGUUGUCCAUUAAUUGAGGGGCCG